UUUUUUUUACCUUUGCCACAACCAUGUCCGACAAUCCCUCACCAGUCUCGUCAUCAACUCACCUUCAGUCAGACUCCCUGCCAUCCGCUGAGUCUCAUAUGACGCCAGCACCAUCUGAUAAGAUGGCCAACAAGCAAGAUCUUUAUUCAAACGAGCAAGCGUUUAACAACUCACUUCGUGAACAGCUGGAACAAACACGUAAAGAUAAAGCUUCGUUGGAAGCGGAGCUGCAGUCUCGUGCAGAUACCUUUCAAGCAACUUUAGGUCGCUUGCAGUCCGGCACCAGUCAAACAGAAAAAAUGUUCCAAUUGGAUGAUCUUAUGAAUAUCUUGGAAUUGGAUCAAUUAAAGUCACAAACAAAGAAAUUACACGAACGAUGCGUUGAACAAGAAGCUCGUAUCAAAAAGCUUGAGUUUGACCUGGAAAUGGAGCAAGGACAUGUUAAUAUCUUACGCCAUGACAAUCAAAGAUUGAGACAAAUGACAGUGGAUAUGACUGCCUUGGCGGAACAAGAGGAGGAAUACAUUUCUAAUAAGCUUCUGAAACGUAUCACCGGUUUAAAGAAAGAAAAAGGAGAGCUGUUAAUACAAGUCGAGCAAGAAGAAGAGUACAUGACAAACAUGCUUCAAAAGAAGCUCAAUAGGCUUCAAAAAGAAAAAAUUGAUAUGGAAAAUGCUCUCGAGCAAGAACAAGAAUUCAUUGUGAACAAGUUACAAAAGCAACUGGAUUCACUACGAAGUCAGCAAAGCAUGUCUCAAGCAUCUUCUCCGCGCAUUCUCAUGCAGGACACACCUACCGUACCGGCGGCCUUGUCUUCAGGAACAUCACCAUCUCUAAAUCCCAAAAAAUGGAUGGGUCAGCAUGGUGCAGCUGUGGCUGAAACCCCUUCAGGCUUGGUAGAGACAUUGUUAGCCGAGAUCGCUUCUCUUAAAAACAAAACCAACGAAAUGGAAAAAGAAUUCUUGAGCAAAACACAACAGUGCAACAAGUACAAGAGUGAACUGCUUCAAUUUCGCAAACAGCACAAGAUGCCCACAGAUGAUAUUCCCUCGGACGAAGGUAUUCCACUUGUCUUCCGAUCCGUACCACCAUCCCCUAGCCGUCAAGUAAGAGGCAAUCGGUCCACGUCCACAUCAUCACAGCGGUCGCUCAUGUCGGAUAAAACCGGAAUCAAUAUCAAUGCUAUCCCUCCACUGCAGCUGGACAAUACUGGAUCACCUGCUGAAGGUUCGGCUAAUGCUUCUUCACCUCAGCCUAUCGCUGAGAGCAGACAGAGAUCAGGUAAAAAAAAAAGCACAUGAUUUAUUUACUUGCUGUUCAUCUGGGGUUCUUAAUGCAUUGAUCAUAUUAGAAUCCAUCGGGUCAUCUUCAGGAAGUCUGCCCAGACGCGAUGUCAGACGAGUUUCCGGCGGAAAUUUCUUUGGUCUAAAUCUUCCUCCACAACAUCCUCCCAAUCCAUAAGAGAACUCAUUAAUUUUUGAGACAAUAAAUCAUUUUGAUCAGGAACUCAAGUCAUGAGGAUAUGUCAACCUGCC